UUUAUCAAAAUAACCUCACCGGCUCACCGUCUAAUCUAGAGAAAAUAGUAAAAAUCUUUCUUCAAGUAAUUAUAUUCUUAAUUGUUGGUGAUUUGAAUCGAAAUAAUCAUGUUUAGUGUGUUUAAUAAGAAGAUACCCCAGCUAAUGAAAGCAGCUACUACAUUAGCUAGCACCAAAGCUAGAACCGAGAUUAGAACCAUUUCACUAUCUGCGACAUCUUACACUCCCAAAAUUCAACAGCCUGCACCAAAUUUUUCCGGCAUGGCAGUAGUUAAUUCAGCCAUACAGAAAAUUCAGCUUGCUGAUUACAAGGGAAAAUAUGUCGUCUUGGUUUUUUAUCCUCUAGAUUUUACGUUUGUUUGCCCUACCGAGUUAAUUGCCCUAGACGAAAGAAUCGACGAUUUCAAGAAGCUGAAUGCGGAAGUCAUUGGAUGUUCUAUUGAUUCGCCUUACACGCACUUGGGAUGGAUGAAUACUGACCGAUCCAAAGGUGGAUUAGGUCAACUGCAUUACCCUCUGCUCUCAGAUAUCAAAAAAGAAAUUGCCCGAGAUUAUGGUGUGCUUUUAGAAGAGGAAGGGAUCGCUCUAAGAGGCUUGUUCAUCAUCGAUCCCAAGGGUAUCUUGCGACAAAUGACGAUAAACGACCUCGGCAUUGGCAGGUCAGUUGAUGAAGCCUUGAGGCUUGUGGAGGCCCUCAGAUUUGUGGAGGAACAUGGCGAAGUUUGCCCUGCUAACUGGAGAAAAGGCGAGAAGACAAUCAAACCAGAUCCAGAAGGAUCCCUUGAAUAUUUCUCUUCAACAGCAGAGAAACGUCAAUAAUUUUAUAUGGUUCAUUGUUAAAUUAUUUUUAUAAAUAAAAUUUGCUAAAAACGUUCUCUGCUUUUAU